AACCUGCUGUCAAGGAAUUCCUACUAUACCUAUAGGAAAGUUAUCAGCUGGCUAACACAAAAGAGGAACAGCCCAGGUACCAGGCUCAGCUGUCACCAAGCAACAUGAUUCGUAUAAUUAUUGGACUAACGCUUGCCCUGAGUUCUGUUUCGGCUUUGAAGAUCGGAGCAUUUAACAUCCAGGCUUUUGGGGACUCUAAGAUGUCAAAUCCUGAAGUGACAUCAAUCAUUAUGAAGAUAUUGCCUCGCUAUGAUAUUGUGCUGAUACAGGAGGUCAGGGACACUGAUCUCAGUGCUGUUGAAACAAUGAUGAGUGAAUUGAACAGCCAUUGUAAAAAACCUCAGUAUUCCUAUGUGGUCAGUGAUUCUUUGGGACGGGAUGCUUACAAGGAACGCUACCUGUUUGUCUAUAGGAAUGACAAGGUCACUGCAGAGAACUCCUACCAUUACCACGAUCAUAACCUCUACACUGGAGAAGACACAUUCAGUAGGGAACCAUUUGUGGUCCACUUCAAUUGCCCAAAUACAGCAAUUCAAGAUUUUGUGCUGGUUCCUCUACAUUCUGCACCUAAGGAUGCUGUUCGUGAGAUAGAUGCCUUGUAUGAUGUUUACCGUGAUGUGUUGGAUAAAUGGCAAACUGAUAAUAUUAUUUUCCUGGGAGACUUCAAUGCUGGCUGCAACUACGUCAAAGAAUCUGACUGGGACAGCAUACGUCUGUACACCUGUGAGGACUUUCUUUGGCUUAUUCCUCAUGAUAUGGACACCACUGCCGGGAAAACGCAUUGUGCAUAUGACAGAAUAGUUGUCAGCGGUGCAGAGCUGCAGAAUGCCAUAGUAGAAGACUCAGCUCAAAUUUUCAACUUUCAUAAACAGUACAAGCUGACAUUAGAACAGGCUUUAGCUGUGAGUGACCACUACCCUGUGGAGCUGGAACUAAUGCUAGCUUAAAAGGAAAA